AUGAUGGGAGUGGAAGCAGUGGCAGUCGGCGGCACUGGUCGUGUGCCGGAUGUCUGUCCCAUCUGCCUGCACAGCCUUCGCGGCCGCGAGGUGGCGUCCCCGGACGUCUGCCAGCACGUGUUCUGCCUACAUCACAUCCUGCAGUGGUCCAAGGUGGUGACGCUGUGCCCGGUGGACCGGCGGGCGUUCUCGGCGCUGCUGGUGCGCCGCUCGGUCGGCGGUGCAGUGAUCGGCACCGUGCCCGUCCGCCAGAGACAGGCGGCCGACGCCGAGGGCGGCCCGCCGACGACGCUCAAACCUGUGAUAGAGGACGACCGCGACCGCGAGCGCACGGACGAGGCGGUCGACGACGACCCGACGGACGAGGAGUCCGGCUCUGAGCAGGACGAGGGACUCGGUCCCGAGCGCGCGGACUCUACCCUCGAUCCAAAAUCGGCUGUCGAAGGCGACGCCGAACCCGUAGAAGAGGACGUCGACCUGGAUCGGACGGAGGACAGUGUCGACCCCGUUUCGGCAGACCAAGGUGUUGAUGGCGAUGAGGCGGACCUUUAUGCCGACCGCGAGCCUGCCAGUCCGGACGCCGCCCAGGGACCGACGGUUUCUAAUAGCCCUGGUCAGGAGCAGGACGACAUAGGUGACCCCUACCCGCCCGGCCGCGCCAGCCUCGAAGGCGACGCUGGCCCGACCCAGCGCCCCAGCCAGGAGGAGGACGUGGACCUGUAUGGCGAUAUCGAGAUGCCGGAGGACAGGGCGUCGGAGGGCGUGCAGGACGCCAGCGACGUCUCCAGCGACGAGGACCUGGUGAUCGACGAGGCCGGCCGACCGGUGUCGCCCGAGCUGGCGCCGCCCGACGGCGAUUACGAGGAGGGCGAGAUCGUGGAGGAGCGGCCACCGUCGACGGACGAACGGCCGCCGUCGGCGGACGAUCGGGCGCUGGAACGGCCCGAGCAGGCGCCGUGCCGCUCGCCGAGCGACGAGCCGGUGCCGUCGCUGCGGGAAACGUCUGCCUCCGGCAGCUUACAGCUGCCCAUCGCCGCUGACGACGCGCCUGACGUGGACGAGGACAUACGCGACUUUGUCGUCAGCGAGAAGACCAUCACCGGGCUUGGGCCGGACGACGGCGAAGAGGUCGGCUGGAAGAAAUUCUCGCGUAGCGCGCGCGACCGCAACUACCGUGAUGGCAAGCCGACCGACCGCGCCAUCGCACGCAGCAAAGAGGUGGGUGAGCCGAGGCCGGAGCGCAAGCGUUCACCGCCCGCCGACGGCCGUAAGGGCAAGAAGCGCGAUAUCCAGCGCUACGACGUGCGCAAGGUGAUCAACGAGCGGAAGAUGCGCGCCCAGGAGAACCAGGAACGUUCGGUGCAUUCGCGCCGCUCGCGCUCGCGCUCGUCCAGCUCGACUGGAUCGCGCUCGCCGGCGGCGGUGCGGCGCCACUCGCCGGCGCGCCAUUCGCCGGCGCGCCACUCGGCUUCGCGCCCCUCGCCUUCGCGGCAUUCCCCGCUGAGAUCGCCGCUUCAGAAACACACCACCUCGCCUGUGAAGAAGGUCAAAGAGAAAAAGAGGAAGCGGAGUGUGUCGCCGUCGCUGGCGCCGAAGAAGAUGAAGAAGAAGAAAGACAAGCUAAAGAAGCAGAGCAAGGAGGAGAAGAAAAAGAAAAAGAAGCGCGCUAGGUCCCCGGUUUCUAAGGCUGUGAUCGCGGAUGGCGAUAAUUUGGUCGUCAGCGUGAACUUCUCAAAGGAUAGAGACCGCAUGGGUACCAAGAGCCGCGUGGUCCGCCACGAGGGGCGCGAACCGUCGCCGGACUUUAGCUCUAUCCGAGAACGACCCACUCCGUCCAGGGACAGACGGUCACCGAUCCGGGACAGACGGUCGCCAAUCAGGGACAGGCGGUCGCCGAAUAGGGACAGGCGGUCGCCGAUCAGGGACAAGAGGUCGCCGAUCAGGGACCGCGACCGCGACCGCGACCUGCCACGCUGGGAGCCGCGCGAAAAGGAGCGCCCGAAGUCGGCGCGCGCCAGGCCGACCGAGCGCGAGCCGGACCCAGACACCGACCGGCUGCGUAGGGACGCGCGCAAAGAGAACAAGGACCCCAAGCAGACGGCGCGCGGCGAAUACAAGAGCAGGGCGGACAGUGGCAGGAGGGCGUCUCCGUCGCCGCCGCAGCCGCCGCCGCGCUCCAGUAAGAGAGCGCGCAGUGUCACGCCGCCUCGCGAACGCAGGAGCCCGAGUCCGCGCGCUAGGAGCCCUGCGGCGCGCCCGCGGAGCCCCAGCCGGUCGGCGUCGCCGCCGCGCAAGUACGCACGCCGCUCGCGCUCCGGCAGUCGUUCCAGCUCUUGGUCUGGCUCGCAGUCGUCGUCAUCGUCUUCGUCGUCGAGCGGCUCGCCGCGCAGCCCCGACGUCAUUGACCUGGACGACGUCGUCGAGCUGUCUCCACCCAAGGCCGAGCCGAUCAUCAUCACGGACUCGGAGACGGAGACGGAGACGGAGCCGGCCGUGCGUGUGGUCGCGUCUACCACCGAGCCGGCCGUGCCGGCGCCGCGGGCCGCGCCCCCCUCGCGAGCGGCGCCGCGGAGUCCGCGGGGACCGAAGACGCCACCGGAGCCGGUGGCCCCGGAGCCGACCGUCAAGUUCUCGCUCAGCGCGAAAUCGGCGGCAGUGCGGCUCAUUACCAACCCGCUCGGCGAGGCGGACGACGAGCCGGAGCCGGAGCCGGCGGCGGCGCCUCGCGGUCCCAGCACGCCGCCCGAGCCGCCACCCUCGGAUGCGUCCGAGGCCAAGUUCGGCGACCAGUACGACCCGUUCGAGCCCACCCACUCGGGAUCGGUGACGCCCGACUCGCCGCCGUCGCCGAACGGACAGCGCGGCUCGGCCGAUGUAGUGGAUAUGGACAUUGACUCGCCCUACUCGCCCGACUCGCCCAACUCGCCCGACUCGCGCGAGGGCGACGACCUGUUCGAGCCGCCGCGGCCGGCGCGCGGCGCUCCGCCGCCGGCUGGUCGCUCGCGCCGGAUGGACCCCAAGGAUCGGUUCGAAGCUCUGUUUGGCACGAGCCACGCCAAGGGCGCGGGCAAGGCGCCGCCCGGCAAGACGGCGGGCAAGGCGGCCCCGUCCGGCCGCCGCCCUGCCGCGCGUGCACGGCCCGCCAAGCGACCUGCUGGUAAGGGUGGUUCGUCUACUGCGACCUCCACCGCCGCCGAAGGGGAGGAGGGCCUCAAGGUCAUUGACGACGUACCAAACUCGGCCGUGGAGAUGCAGGUAAAGGAGAAGUUCCUGAAGAAGCUGAACCGACAGGAGCGGGUCAUCGAGGAGGUGAAGCUGGUGCUGAAGCCGUUCUACCACAAGCGCACCGUCACCAAGGAGCAGUACAAGGAGAUACUGCGCAAGUCCGUGCCGAAGAUCUGUCACAGCAAGUCGGGUGAGAUUAACCCGAAGAAGAUUCACUCGCUCAUCAUCAGCUAUGUGAAGAAGUGCAAAUAUGUCAACAAAAAGAACAACGUUGUGGUGCCCAACGCUAAUUCGUCUACGCCUGCGAAGACGAAAGUGUGACGCACGUGACGCGCUGGACGUUGACGAAAUGAGUGCUUUUCAUUAGUGCUAUUUAUAUUGUGCAUUUGUUACUAGAUUUAUUGGUGCGUGUUUUGGACGUCGCAAGUCUCUGUGGCCGCCACUGGGCGUAAACGUUUCGGCCAGGGCCAUGGUUUGAGAAUAGUGAUGAUUUUGACGGGCUGUGCGGCGCGCGCAUCAGUAACGGACCCGCGAACCGUGCCGCGUCGGACCGUGCAAGCCUCACCGGUCGUAUGUGCCCCUCCCCCCCCCCCCCCCCCCGCCUCGCGACUCGGGCUAGCGCGCUCUCGGAUGAUGUGGACGGAGGGCAGCUCAGAAAGGCCAGGAAAUACAGUG